UCAGCUGCAAAACAAGUUUGACCAUCUAGCCUCACAACAUCUUGCUCUCCGGCAGGCGUUUCCGGUGACGAUGCUGCACACCACCGUCCGCCUCUUCUGCUCCGUCGUCGCCGCCUUGGCGCGCCUCGUGCGCGAGCUCCGCAUUAGGGCCGCGAUGUCGUCUCCCGUCGGCCUUAUAGCCACCGCGCCGCUGCCGCUGCGCAGGAAGACGAAGCUCCUGGCCGCGCUCGCGCCGCCGCAGCCGCCCGUGGUUGCCCGUCCGGCGGAGGCAUGCGACGCCGUCGUCAGUGGAGCCGGGGCGGUGGUAGAUCAGCCGCAGCAGCAGUCUGAGAGCAAGAGGAAGAAGAUGACCGCGUGGUCGGCGAGGGGGCGGCCCUCGAGGCUCGUCGUACCAGUGGCGGAUGACGCCGGCUGGGGCGCGGCCGCCGCGGCGGCGAAGGAGGCCGACGUGGAGGUCGAGGGCGACGGGUUCUGGGUGGCGAGUAGGGCUGGGCCGAGGCAUGCCAUGGAGGACGCCUACUCAGUGGUCACUCACAAAAAUGGUGGUGAUUCCCAGCUGGCAUUCUACGGUGUCUUCGACGGCCACGGCGGCCGCGCGGCCGUGGACUUCGUCUCCCAGCGCCUCGGUGAGAACGUCGUCUCCGCGGUGCUCGCCGCGGGGUCGGCGGCCCGCGACGAAGCAUCGUCGGAGGACGACGACGCCAUCUCGGCGGCGAUCCGGGCCGCCUACUUGGCCACCGACAGCGAGCUCCUCACACAACAUCAGGUCCGUGUGCGUACCACGACAGUGAUUGAAAUGAAAAAGAAUGAUUUUUUUGAGAUUAUAAUUAACGGCUGGUUUGAUCUUUGGACGCAGCAGGAUGCGAGCGGCGGCGCGUGCGCGGCGACGGCGCUGGUGAGCGGCGGCGGCCUGUACGUGGCGCACCUGGGCGACUGCCGCGCGGUGCUGAGCCGCGGCGGCGGCGCGGCGGCCGCGCUGACGGCCGACCACACGUGCGCGGCGGAGGGCGAGAGGGCGCGCAUCGAGCGCGGCGGCGGCUUUGUGAGCCGCAGCGGCAGCGGCGUGUGGCGGGUGCAGGGCAGCCUGGCCGUGUCGCGGGCGUUCGGCGACGCCGGCCUGAAGCGGUGGGUGCUCGCCGAGCCGGCGGUGGCCAGGGUGCCCCUGCGCGCCGGCGAGUUCCUCGUCGUCGCGUCCGACGGGCUCUGGGACAAGGUGGGCAACCAGGAGGCCGUCGACGUCGUCGCGAGGGGCCGGACCGCGGCGGCCGUGGCGCGUUCCUGCGCGGAGCUCGUGGACAUGGCGCGGCGCAGGGGGAGCAGGGACGACAUCACCGUCAUGGUCAUCGACCUCGAGAGGUUCGUGAGAUAGUAGAAGUGACGGAGCUGAUGGAGAGGCACUAACUGACAGAUCGAGCUUGGCUAGCAAAUUUAAGCUGAUGGAGAUUAAACGGAGCAGCUUAUUGAUUGAUUAAUAUUGUAAAUAUGCGGCAUCAUAUCCAGAGCAAAUGUAAACAUUUUUUUUUGUGUCCCUCUAUGUAAGUAUACACGUAGGAGCUAGGAAUGCAUGCAGUGUUUGGAGGGUACAGAAAUUAGGAAGACACUUUUUGGCAGGUAAUUGUUGCUUUGGGUCGAAUUCAAGGAAUGGCGGUUGCUUGGUGUA